UGUGUUUGUUUUCCUUUGCAACAAUGGCGAUUGAGGAUAACAGUACUACUGCUAGUCAUAACACUGGAGAAAGGGUAAAUGGCAUAGUGGUGACAAUCGAUCAACAUCAUCCAUUGUAUCUUCAGUCCUGUGAUACUCCAGGUAGUUCCUUGAUCUCAAUUAAGCUAACUGGUCUAGAAAAUUAUGCUCUGUGGAGUAGCACUAUGCGUAUUAGCUUACUUGGCAAAAGCAAUUUAGGUUUUGUUACUAGCAAGUAUCCAAUCGAAAAGUUUGAUGAGUCCUUGCAUGAUCUAUGGGAAAAAUGUAAUGCUUUAGUACUUUCAUGGAUUAUGAAUUCAGUUAGUUCUGAAUUGCCAAGUGGAAUUGCCUAUGCAUCUAGUGCUUACAAGGUGUGGAAAGAUUUACAAGAGAGGUUUGACAAAGUAAAUGGUUCAAGAGUACUUUUUCUGCAUAAACAAAUGGCUACAUUAACUCAAGGAGUGUCUACUGUGUCUAGCUAUUUCUAAAAAAUGAAAUAACUCUGGGCUGAAUUUGAUGCAUUGAUGCCUUAUCCUGAUUGUGGUUGCCCUGACUCAAAGAAGUAUGUUGAACAUUUUGAGUAUCAAAGGCUUUUACAGUUUCUAAUGGACCUAAAUAAGUUCUAUUCUCAAUCCAGUAAUCAAAUCAUGUUGAUGAUUCCCACUCCUUCAAUCAAUAAGGCAUAUGCAAUGAUAAUGUCUGAGGAAAGUAGGAGAUCUAUGUUUUCACCUCAUGUUCCUGAAGCUUCAGAAGGAAUAGCUUUGUUCGGUGGUAGAGGAAAUAUUUCUCAAGUCAACAAUCAUACAGGUAGUGGUAGAGGAAAUGCUCCACCAGGAGGAGGUGGUCCACCUGAACAUUACCAUUCUGGAAAUUAUACCAAUAGACCUAGGACGAAUGAUCGGGUGUGUGACUUCUGUCAUGUGAGAAAUCAUUCUAGGAAUAACUGCUACAAACUGCAUGGGUAUCCAUCAGACUACAAGGGUAAAAAGAAGUGCUCUGGGACCUCAGAAAACUAUGCUAGAGAAAAUAACACUGGGGUUAAUUCAGGAAAUGGCAAAUAUAGAGGUACAGGUGGUAGCAACUUUGGUACUUCUGCUAAUUUUGCAGGUAACUCUCAAAAGCCACACUAUGGAGAGCCUAGUCAAACUGCUCGAGAUCUGCUAGCAGGAGGUAUGCUUCAAUUUACAAAGGAACAAUACAACAAAAUCCUGCAGAUGCUUAGCUCAGAGAAUGAGGAAACUCACUCAGCUAUGGCUGCAGUGGGAAGGUGAAGGGGAUUGGUAGAGAAGAGUAUGGGUUAUAUGUGUUCACUACUGGUAUAUGCAAGAAGCAGCAGCUAUCUUCUGAGGUUACACAACCUUUUCCUACUGUAAAUACAAUAAAUGA